GUAUCAAAUACCGUACCUAUUCGGCAGUCAUUUGUUACAGUACCAGAUCUAAAGUAAUAAAUACAAUUUUCUCAAAUACACGGACAGAUCAUGGGAAAUGCUGCUUGGCGAUAUCAUGGUACUGAAUUCCAAUGGACUGAUAAGUUUAGCGACGAUCUUCUGAAAAAAGUGGCAACAAUUAAACCUGCUGGUGUCGAGUACAACCCUGUAAUUCUGCUGUUUGGACCUACGGGACAUGGCAAAUCAUCUUUUAUCAAUUCCAUUUCAACUAUAAGUAAAGGAAGAAAGUCUAAUAUUGCCGGUGCAGCAAGAGCUUCAAAGUGUGUUACAACAGUGUAUCGUAAAUAUGAAAUCGAAGGGAAACUGAACAACGUCACACUCGCCGACAUUCAAGGCAUUGUUCAAAAAGAUGACAAUAAAUUUUUGAUCGAAAAUGCUCUCGCCAUUGUCGACGGUCAGGUCAAGCCUGAGUAUACGGUAUCAUAAUUAAAAAUAUAACACUAAACGUUUCAUUAUAAUUAUCUUUCGGCGGU